UACACUAGGUGGACUGAAGAACAAACAUAACCGGGAUAUGACUUAUGCAGCAGGUUGCCCCGUGGCUGCCUGCUUCCUCCAGAGUGGCGAAGGGAAUACAGUAGGAGCUACGCAGGUAACUUCCGCAAGGGCCAGCUGCUUUUGAAGUGUCAGCCAGCAUGCUUUCUCUUUAUACAGCAAUCGGUUUCUCUAACUUCAAGUAGUGUUCAGCCACGUGUUGUCUGUCUCAUGAUCUCUGCAGGACUGUUCUCUGGGUCGUCUCCAGUACAUUGUCAGGUUUGAAUUCUUCAGUGCUUUGUUCUUCCUCACUAAAAGUGAUAAAAAAAUACAAAAAUAAAGAAAUUAUUAGUUUGUUCCUUUUCUCAGUAUGUGAAAGCAGUAAUUAGAUCUGGUGUGCAAAGACUGAGGGAUACUUGAGUCACUUUACCUUACUGAACUCUGAACACUCUUUUUACAUAGCAACGAGUGCUUUUGUUUGUUUGUUACCAUCUACAUCAUGUUUCUUAUCACAGCCACUAGCUCUGCCCACAUACAUCACCUUGAUUUUGAUACAAGUCAGGGAAUGCUAACAGCACAGUGAAGACUAUUACUCCUGCACAGUUGGUGUAGAUUUAUUGAAAUACCAAUACUUUCAUCAGGACAAGAUCUGCUAUAUCUGUCAAACAGGUUUAUCAUGGGCAAAGUCUUCAAAAAUGCAAUAAAUAUCUAAGCCCCUAUUCAGACAAACAAAAGGCACUCUGUUUCAGAGGUGCCCAGGAGUUGCAAGAGGUAACUGCAUGGUGUUCAUUGAUCAGACUGCUUUACUAAAAGCCUGAAUAGUUGCUUAGGUAGGGAUUUAGGGUGUUAACUUGGGAAUCUUAGAGUUUGUGCCCAGAGGUCGCUGAAAGCAGAGUGGUGCUUUAGAACUUCUUUAGUAAAAUAAAUUUCUAGCAAAAGAAAUUAUCUUAAGGUUUGUAAAAGUCUCCUUGUAAUCACAAUAUUCUAUGUGUUACACUUAAGGUGUUCUGUAGGACCCCUAUGAGGAUACAUUUAUUAGAUGAGAAAAUUCAAGUGGUAGACUUGAUUAGUCUGAAGUUUUGAGGCAUGUGAUUUUAUAAUUCUGCUUCUCCCUCCCAUGCAAUACCUGAUUUGUCAUCAUGUGGCUACUUACAUUGGCCAACUCACUCAGCGGUGGGUUUUGCUGUACUAAAGUCUGUGAAAUUCUUUUGAGAUCCUUUUUAGACUUUGCUUUGUUUCACUUCCCAGAGGGCAGGUAAUGUAUCAGAGCCAGCUCACUGUUUAACCGAUGUCUCAUAGGUAGGAAGAGAGGGAGAAAAAAACAGGGAAGGGAGACUGCGUCACAUUGGAGGAGGAGGGUAGCAAAGAAAAAUGAGCUUUCUUACACAAAUCACAUGCAGAGGGACAGGCUGCCAGGGCUUGGGCGCUUCUCGGCAGGGGCUCAGCUCUCUUCCCUGCUGGCCACAAUGCAGGAGGCAGCUGGAGUGUUGAAGGAGGGCUUCCUCGUCAAACGGGGACACAUUGUUCGUAACUGGAAAGUGAGGUGGUUUGUUCUGCUUCAGGAUAAGCUGCUGUAUUACAAAAUUGAAGGAGGCAAGAAGGAACCUUCUCCAAAGGGCAGGAUCCUUUUGGAUGGCUGCACUAUUACCUGUCCGUGCCUGGAAUAUGAAAACAGACCGCUACUCAUCAAGCUAAAGACAAAAACCAAUACAGACUAUUUCCUUGAAUGUUGCUCCAGGGAGGAGCGAGACUCGUGGGCUUUGGACAUCACUGGGGCUAUUCAUGCUGGUCACCCAGUACAGGUACAAGAGCUUCACAGAAUGAAGAACUCUUUCAAACUGCUAGAGAAUAUCAGCCUCCAUCAUAUAGUGAAGAGAAUGUGUGAGAGCAGUACUGGAAUUAAGCUAACCCGCAACUUGCAACAAGGCAACAGAUACAAAGAGACUUUCACAGGUUCUGCCCUGGUGGACUGGCUCAUCUCCAAUAGCUUUGCUGUGUCACGAUUCGAGGCCAUCACCUUGGCAUCCAUGCUGAUGGAGGAGAACUUCAUCAAGCCUGUGGGAACCCGCAGCACUGAGGCCACACGCUUCAGCGACCUCUCUGAGCAGUUCCUCGAUGACUCUACUGCACUGUACAUGUUCGCUGAGAGCAGUAAGAAAAAUAUCAGUUCCAAGGAAGAGCUACAAUUUAACAUCUCUGAAUUAAGCGGCCCAAUUGUGAAGCAAGGGUUCUUAGUGAAACAGGGGCACAAGAGGAAAAACUGGAAGGUGAGGAGAUUUGUUUUGAGAGCUGAUCCUGCUUUUUUGCACUACUAUGACCCCACUAAGGAAGAAAACAGGCCAGUAGGUGGAUUUUCUCUUCGUGGCUGUCUUGUGUCAGCUCUGGAGGAUAAUGGAGUCCCAGCAGGAGUGAAGGGCAAUGUGCAAGGCAAUCUCUUCAAAAUCAUCACCAAAAAUGACAUUCGUUAUUAUAUCCAGGCCAGCUCCAAGGCAGAGCGAGCACAGUGGAUUGAGGCAAUCAAACCACUGACAUGAGUAAGGUGGACUCCAUGCCAAAUGAUGAGCCACAUUUGUGACCAAGUUUCCUGCUCUCAUUGUCCAGGACUGUUGUUUUGUUCUUAGAUAGUCUAUUUUUGUUAUUUGUACCUCCACAGCACUCAGCAAUUCCCAAGAGACCAGCAUCCUAGGUGCCUAGGAGUCAUGUGGAUCCAGAAUAAUUCCCCACCAAGAACUUAACCAUCUAACAAAAGACAACAGGUGGAUACAGGCAAACAGGGCUUUACAAAGAAACAAUGAGAUACAAUAUUCCAAGAUGGAAGAAAAUAACUAAUUUUGUACAAGUAUUCAGUCUAUAUUUGACAGAUUCAGGUUGUGCUUUAUCCUAAAGCUGAAAUGCCUUGUUCCUUUCCCCUUUAUAAAGGGGCUUAUAAACUUAAUUAGUUAAGACUGACUGAAUCAAAGUCAUGAAAGGUCAUGAAAGGCUACCUUUCUUGCUAUAUACAAGAGUCUUGUGCUAAGCCACAAUCCAGCUGCCAGGAUAAUCACUAAUGCAAAACAAACCAAGUGUCUGUCUGUCCAUCUGUCUGCUCUACCAUUUGGUUCUCUGUUAGGUUGGAAAAGACCAAAAGAUAUUCCUCUCCAGUAUAAAAAUUAUUCUUUUGCUGGUAAUGGCCCACAGCAGUACAGGAUCCUGAGUAUCAAAUCAGAUCAGUGGCAGUUAUUCCAGAAAAACGCCUGUGCUGAAUAUAUUGGAUAAAACCACUCAGCCAUAGAAAUGAGACUGUUCCUCCUGAUUCUGACAGUAAAUCCAUUUAUGUGGAACACCAUUGGGACUGAGAGCUCUAAUAGCAGUUAUGACUAUUGCUUUUUCUAUUUUAAGCCAUUAAAUCUUCCAUUAUUUGUCUACUAAUCUUGACUUUGAUAUCAUUAAAUUUUUUUUUAAAAGUUCAGUA